AUGGAAUAUACAGGGUCACUUGGGUUCGAAAAGAGUGAGGCGCCUCUUAAUAACCUCGAUGACAUAGUUACAGUAAGUGAGAUAUUUGAAUGAGUAGAGAGAAUAAAUACUGAUUCAUUUCAGAGACAAUGAGCUAAUAAAGUCAAAUCUCUGUCAUUUGUUUCUAUUGUAGCUCCUCCCAGAUGUUAAGGAGCUCAUCGAGGUGGAGGAUGGGAGAGCGUUUGUGAGCCUCCUAACUGGUCUCCUCUGCACGGACCCCAAUAAGAGGAUGACUCCAGGAGAAGCCCUCAAACACCCCUUUAUAACGAUGAUCCAUCUGGAGGAAGAGGCAGAUUCCAGCAUGUAGUAAGUGACGGUCUUCUGGUCGCAGAGAUCUUUGCCUUGAGGUCAAAUGAUUUGAAAACUAAUUUUCAUGCUUCACUUUAGUGUGGAGGACGCAUUUAAAAAAAUGAGUCUGGUGACAUCUGAGAGUUCAGAUGAGGCCCUCAGUUUUGACCUUGUGAUAGAUGACAAACCCAAAACUGAGGGAACUCCAGCCCUAGAACCUCAAGAACCAGUCCCCUCGGCCACCAUUUGCAUCGAAAACCUGGAGGAGGCCGAUAGACAACCAAGGCUUGCUAACAAUGGGCCUACGACUGAAGCACAAGCUUCUGGAGUGAGGAGAAGCGGCCCGCUAAAACGGAUGCAGAGUUUCUUCACCAGGGCCUUUAGACGUGUUUUCGGGAUCAGAAAGAGACCCUCAACAAUUGUUUAA